CAUGACGCAGUUUGAGCCUCAGGCUGAGUGGUUUCAGACCCCACUCGCCCUGUCGGACAGCACUUUCAAUGAUACUGUGGCGCGGCCGGUGAAGAGACAUGCUGCGUGUGAUGAGUGCACGCAAGCUGAAAUGCUCCGGUGAACAAACUGGAUGCACCCGAUGUCUGAAACAAGAUCUACUGUGCCACUAUUCGGAACAGAAGCAGAUGGGACGACCGCCGAAGAAGCGCUUGCGGGAGGAAGAAGAUCCUUCGUCGCUUGGUCUUGAUAACGGGCUAUGGAGCGCAGAUGCGGAUCUCGGUCAUAUUCUGUCAACUGAUACUGUGGGAAUGGGGAUCCCACCGAGGGACACUUUACCGUCAGGGAUUGCAGCUUAUACACCACAGACGACCCCUCCUGAUCCCGUGGCAGACGACACCCAGAGCCCACCGAGUCGCAUGGAUCUUGCAACGCCUCUGAACUGUGUACCGACGACCACCACUCCAUGGCCCGACUUCUCCAGUGUCUCUGCGGCGACAGCUAGUCUGACACCGCUCCCGCCGGACGUGUCAUAUCCAUCCCCCGACCCCGCCGAUUCGCCCGACCAACAAUGUUCAUGUCUAUCACGUCUCUACCUAUGCCUCAGCCACCUGUCCUCCCUCGCCCCCUUCCCGAUCUCGCAGCACACCUUCUGCUCAUUAUACAUCGCGGCGCGAACAGCCAGGGAGGUCAUCCGCUGUCGAAUAUGCCCCUUGCGCUUCAGCACGGGGAUGCAGAAUGUCAUGUGUACCGGGACUCUGCUCGCGGUCAUUGCCGAUUCAUGGCUCCGCGUUUACAAGGCCAACCCCGUGGAUCUGGGCAAACAGUCGACGUCUCCUGCAUACGCCGCGACGGUCGAACAGUCGCUCAAUCCGGUAGCCGGCUGGAAAGACUGGCUACGGCAGACUGUCCGAGGCGGAGUCGUCGGCGGGCCCUACGACCCGGUUGGCUCCCCGCAAGUCACGGAGACACCCAGUCUCCUCGCCCUGAUUGAGGAGAUGGAAGCACGCCAGCGAUCGUGGCACCAGUCGCAUCCACUACCUGCGGAGGAGCGCCUUCUACCCGUCCAAAACUGUAGUACAGGGGAGAGCGAACUGCUAUGCCUACGCGUCAUCAAGAGCGCGAGGGAGGUCAUCGCCAAAUUCGGAUUCGAGCCCUCCGAUUACCCGCAAGGAACGACGCCUGUGACGAGCGGGAUGUAGCUUGUGGUCAUCCGCGACAACAUGUGUGCAUGAUAUUGAAGCGUAAAUCUGUUCUACCGAUACCAUUAUGUUAUUUAUGCAGACGAUAAGAUAUUCGAAUAUAUAGUUAUCUACCCAUGCUGGUGCAAUGGCCUGCUAUCCUGGUCUAAUACCUGGCACCUGUACCUAGUACCUGGAAACUACCUAUCUCGACAUGACUACUAAUAUGUGCAUCUAUCCCAAGACCUAGCUAGUGGCUACACCUUUAGCGAAUAUGCCUAUACUUCUGCAGAACAAUA